CGGAAACUACCGCAGUGGCUGCGGGGAGAGAACUGAAAGGCAGGAAGUAAACAUUGACGGAUUGACUUCAUUUUUGUCGGGUGAUUUCGGGGUGGCCUGUGGCCCGACUGGAGGGGUCCAGAUAACCAUGUCAGCUGCAGCUGUAGAUGCAGUUAAUGCGGCCCCCCUGUCGGGAUCCAAAGAAAUGAGUCUAGAGGAACCAAAGAAGAUGACCAGAGAGGACUGGAGAAAGAAGAAGGAGCUAGAAGAACAGCGAAAACUGGGUAAUGCUCCAGCAGAAGUUGAUGAAGAAGGAAAAGACAUCAACCCUCAUAUACCUCAGUAUAUUUCUUCAGUGCCAUGGUAUAUCGAUCCGUCAAAAAGACCUACUUUAAAGCACCAGAGACCACAACCAGAGAAACAGAAGCAAUACAGCUCAUCUGGAGAAUGGUACAAGAGAGGUGUAAAAGAGAAUUCCAUAACUACUAAGUACCGCAAGGGGGCAUGUGAAAAUUGCGGGGCCAUGACACACAAAAAGAAAGACUGCUUUGAGAGACCUAGGCGAGUUGGAGCAAAAUUUACAGGUACUAAUAUAGCUCCAGAUGAACAUGUCCAGCCUCAGCUGAUGUUCGACUAUGAUGGGAAGAGGGACCGGUGGAAUGGCUACAAUCCAGAGGAACACAUGAAAAUUGUGGAAGAAUACGCCAAAGUGGAUCUGGCAAAACGAACCCUGAAAGCCCAGAAACUCCAAGAGGAAUUAGCCUCAGGAAAAUUAGUGGAACAGGCUAAUUCUCCAAAACACCAGUGGGGAGAAGAGGAACCAAAUUCUCAGACGGAAAAAGAUCAUAAUAGUGAAGAUGAGGAUGAAGAUAAAUAUGCAGACGAUAUUGACAUGCCUGGACAGAACUUUGACUCUAAGAGGCGAAUUACUGUCCGGAAUCUCAGGAUUCGAGAAGAUAUUGCAAAAUAUUUGCGGAAUUUAGAUCCAAAUUCUGCUUACUAUGAUCCCAAAACUAGAGCGAUGAGAGAGAAUCCCUAUGCCAACGCAGGGAAGAAUCCAGAUGAAGUGAGCUAUGCAGGGGAUAACUUUGUAAGAUACACAGGAGACACCAUUUCAAUGGCUCAGACACAGUUGUUUGCUUGGGAAGCCUAUGACAAGGGAUCUGAAGUGCAUCUACAGGCUGAUCCUACAAAACUAGAGCUGCUAUACAAGUCCUUCAAAGUCAAAAAAGAAGACUUCAAAGAACAGCAGAAAGAAAGCAUCUUGGAAAAGUAUGGUGGCCAGGAACACUUGGAUGCCCCUCCAGCUGAAUUGCUUUUAGCUCAGACUGAAGACUAUGUGGAGUAUUCAAGACAUGGAACAGUCAUCAAAGGACAGGAGCGGGCUGUCGCCUGCUCUAAGUAUGAGGAGGAUGUGAAGAUCCACAAUCACACACAUAUCUGGGGAUCGUACUGGAAAGAAGGCCGAUGGGGAUACAAAUGCUGUCACUCUUUUUUCAAGUAUUCCUAUUGCACUGGAGAAGCUGGCAAGGAGAUUGCUAAUUCAGAGGAAUGUAUUAUAAAUGAUAUAACUGGAGAAGAAUCUGUGAAAAAACCUCAAACCCUCAUGGAGAUGCAUCAGGAAAAACUAAAAGAAGAUAAAAAGAAGAAAAAGAAGAAGAAAAAGAAGCAUCGAAAGAGCAGUUCAGAUAGUGAUGAUGAAGAAAAGAAACAUGAAAAAUUGAAAAAGGCAUUGAAUGCAGAGGAGGCCCGCCUUCUUCAUGUCAAGGAGAUCAUGCAAAUUGAUGAGAGGAAGCGGCCUUACAACAGCAUAUAUGAAACUCGGGAACCCACUGAAGAGGAAAUGGAAGCCUAUAGAAUGAAACGUCAGAGGCCAGAUGACCCCAUGGCUUCCUUCCUUGGACAGCAGUAACUAGUUAUAGACAGUCACCCAAGAUAGACACAGCUGAUACAUUCUUUUCAGCUUCUUGCUGAUGAUUAUAGAUGGAAAAACCCAUGACUACUACUCUUGCUGCCUGACUUUAAUAAAGACUCCAGAAGUCUCAUA